CUGGAAGGCCGGGUGCCCCCCUCCAGCUGGCACCAUGCAGCUCUCUCUUGCCCUGUGUCUCGUCUGCCUGCUGGUACACGCAGCCUUCCGUGUGGUGGAGGGCCAGGGGUGGCAGGCCUUCAAGAACGAUGCCACGGAAAUCAUCCCCGAGCUGGGCGAGUACCCCGAGCCUCCGCCAGAGCUGAACAACAAGACCAUGAACCGGGCAGAAAAUGGAGGGAGGCCUCCCCACCACCCCUUUGAGACCAAAGACGCUUCCGAGUACAGCUGCCGCGAGCUGCACUUCACCCGCUACGUGACGGACGGGCAGUGCCGCAGCGCCAAACCGGUCACCGAGCUGGUGUGCUCGGGCCAGUGCGGCCCGGCGCGCCUGCUGCCCAACGCCAUCGGCCGCGGCAAGUGGUGGCGCCCGAGCGGGCCCGACUUCCGCUGCAUCCCCGACCGCUACCGCGCACAGCGGGUGCAGCUGCUGUGUCCCGGCGGCGCGGCACCGCGCGCGCGCAAGGUGCGCCUGGUGGCCUCGUGCAAAUGCAAGCGCCUCACCCGCUUCCACAACCAGUCCGAGCUCAAGGACUUCGGGCCCGAGGCCGCCCGGCCACAGAAGGGCCGGAAGCCGCGGCCCCGCGCCCGGGGCGCCAAAGCCAACCGGGAGGAGCUGGAGAACGCCUAUUAGAGCCCGCCCGCCGCGCUGCGCCCCCAGCGGGCACCCCCGACCCAGACGCCCCAGGUUUCCGCCCCUUGCGCGCGCGGUUUGAUCGUUUGCGUUUCACUUUAAAUACCUGCAACCCAGGGCCGGGGGCUGAAACCUUCCCAGCUGCAGGCCUUGGGGAUCCGGGUGUCAGCAAAGCCCCCCAACCGCCCCCCCCCCGCCUGCCGAGGGGGUCCCCAGGGGCAGGGGAGGGAGCUGAGAGUCACAGGCACUGAGCCACGCAACCCCGCCCUCCGGGGCCGCCUACCUUUGCUGGUCCCACUUCAGAGGAGGCAGAAAAGGAAGCAUUUCACUGCCCUGGAGUUUUAAGGGAACAGUGGAGAAAAGUCCAGGGACUGGUUAAGAAAGUUCGAUAAGAUUCCCCUUCCCCCCACCUCUCUGCCUGGCAAGUUGUGCCCAGAACACAUGACUGGGGUCCGUAGUUAGGGUUUCUAGUCCUGGCUCUGCCACUAACGAGCCGGGUGACCUCGGAUUAUUACACUCUUCUCUUUCUGGACCUCGAUUUCCUCUUUGUAAAAUGGAAGUGGGGGUGGGAUUAACAUCUGGAGGAAUUAACAUCUGGAGGAAUCUACUGUCAUAUGAUUCCAAGGACUCGGGUGCCCUUUGAAUGGGCAGAGGAGAGGGAGUUUGGAUUGAAUCACUGACGUGGUCGCUUCCAGAAUUCGGAGUUGUAAUCCUCUGAUCUGACAGCCAAAGAUGAAAAACAAGCAGGAAAAAAGAAGAGUCUAUUUAUGGCUGACAAACUCGUGGAAGAAGCUGUGGUGUGUCCCAGCCUGGCCUCCCAGAUGUUUGGCUACCUCCACCCCUCCAUCUCAAAGGACGCAGAAACAACACCAUCAACUGGGAUAGAGGAGACGGUCCCAAGGGUGGUGGGAGGCACCGAAAUCACCCCCUAUUCCCAAAGAGCAACGACCCCCGCCACCAUGGCCAUAUUUUAACAUCACCCUCUGCAGAGAAGCUCAAGGUCCCAGCACCCUGGGCUUCCGGGGCCCAAGAGAGCAGCCACCACCCAUUCAAAGGCCAACGGGUCCCUUCCAAGGCACCUCCUCCUGCCUACCACUCACGGACACAUUUCUGUCUGGAAAAGAGCUUCUUACUGCUGUUAUGUGUGAUGGCACAGCUUACAUUAAAAUAAUAUUAUUGGGGAAAAAAUUGCAAGUGCUGUAUAUAUGCUGAGAAGCUGCAAAGCGUAAUGCUGCCAUCCAAAAAAAUCUUUUGGAAAAUCAUUUCCAGACACCACUUCCUUUCUGUGCAGUUUUUAAUUGCUAAAAAAAAAAUUUUUUUUUUAAAACAGAAGCACAUGCCAUGUGAAAGCCUGCCCAGCUGGUCGUUUCUGCAAUCUUUUCAUGUGGAAUUUGUCCACAAGAAUGAAAGUAGCAGUUUAAAAAAAAAAAAAAGUUAAGUUACAUAUUUAUUUUCUCACUUAAGUUAUUUAUGCAAAAGUUUUUCUUGUAGAGAAUGACAGCGUUAAUAUUGCUUUAUGAAAUAUCACUCUGUUCUUUCAGAAUCCAGAAGCAUUGUUAAUAAAGCCAAUGAAU